GUAAGGCUGUGUUGUGAUGGCUACGAAGCAAGCUAGUCUGGCUUUGGGGAUUAUCUCUAAAUAUUUGAGCUAAUACAGUGAUACUUAAAAAUGAAAUUAACUCGGAAACUUGUUCUUUCACGAGCCAAAGCGUCGGACCUUGAAAGCGUAAAAAAGUUGAACUGCUGGGGCUGCAACCUGACAGAUAUAUCAAUAUUCACUGAAAUUCCCAACGUUGAAGUCUUAACAUUAAGUGCCAAUAACAUUUCCUCUCUGGAGCAUCUUGCCAACUGUCAGCAUCUGACCGAGCUGUACCUGAGGCGGAACGACAUCCACGAUGUGUCAGAGCUGAGCCAUCUCAAAAACCUCGCCUGUCUUAAAGUUCUGUGGCUUGCAGAGAACCCGUGCUGUGACCCAGACCCGGUGAACUAUCGUUUGACCGUGCUGAGGAACCUGCCUGGUCUGCAAAAACUAGACAACCAGGUUGUGACUGAAGAAGAGCUUGCACUUGCUUUGGAAGGAGUCGAGGAAGUGAUCAAUCCUCCAGGUCUUGCUAGAGCUGGUUCUACCAAUGGCCACACAGAAACAGACUCUGAGUAUGACUCUCUCAAUUACAGUAUGGAUAAAAUCCGUGCACAGUUGGGGAUGAAGCCAUUGCCCAGGGAUAAAUUUUCAUCUUCCAGAGAAGCAGGGACCCUCCUGAAGAAAAAGAGUCACACCCUGGAAGCUGUGCUGCUCCUGCUGAAGGACCUGGACGUCGAGGAGCUGAAAACUGUUCAGUGUGCCACAGAGGACAAACUUAGAGCUCGAAGUAGACAGAAAGAGAAAAUUACAAUUUCUCAGCACUGAAUAAGAGUAAAUUCCUUUUGCAUGCAGAACAUCCAGCAACAUAAAAUAGCUUUUUAAUAUAAAGGGUAUCAUGUUAGACUCCAUACAUAGGGAAAAUUAACACUCUUUAGCAAAAUGUCUUCGAUAAUUUUUCUCACUUAGUUUAUAUUGUAUAUUUUCUUUCAGCUAGCCUUACAAUAUAUUUGACAAACGAAUUUUGAUUGAAAUCUUCCUCGUGGCUGUAAGGGGAAGCUUAAAAAUAAGAAUUAACAAGUUCAUCACGUGUGUGUGUGUGUGUAUACAAAGAAACAGCUACCAUGUAGUUUUGCUAAAAAGUGUAAAACAAAAGGUUUCCCUGUGUAUGGGAACUUUUCUGAUACCCUGUAAAAGAAUCCAGGUUAACCUAGUUCCCAGCCUAAAAACUCACUGCUUAGCAACAGAUACAAGAUGUGGACAAAUUAAUGCAAAACUCAAAAAUAAAGUGUCUUGGUAAAGAUGGUCAUCCAUCAACGAUUAAGCCUUACUGCUGCACUGAACGGAUCAACACUAUUCCUUUAAAAUACACUAGCUGGCUAAAAACCAUUACUAUUUCAAAAGGGUCAAAUUAUUGUGCUGCAUUAAUCAAAUUAUCAGAAAUUAAAAAAAACUGGAACUUGGGUAAGAACUCAACACGUUAUUAAAACCUGGACCCAUAGUGCUGAAUCGUCAACUUUUUGGAGGAAAUGAGGUCGAAAAAAAAAAUCAUGAAUAGCGAUCACUUAAACACGUGAAGUUGCAUGGUAAAUCAACAGUAAAAACCAUAGAUUUGUUUAUCAGUGAAAGUAAGAGCAU